AUGAUAGUUGCUCAGGCUGGGAGCAAAGACGUUUUAGCACUGAUCUUCAGCCCCAAAACAUUUAUUGUACCAGAUUUCUUCAUCAUGGCCAAUCAGCCUCUACCACUGUCUCAGGAGACUUUAGCUCAGUUCAAUCGCUCCAUGGCCACAGAACCAGGUGCUUCAGGGCCUCCAAAGCGACGUCUGGGCUCUAUCUCCAUUCGCCGAAGCUCCAAAGAUCAGCCCCACCACAGACCCCUUUUCCUCAGGGGCAUGACGGUUCCUUCUUCUGAGUUGUCGUUCUUGAGUGCCAACGUCAGCAAUUCUCACGUCUCCAUGGGCAAGCGGUUCUCAUUCGCAGGCUGGCACCAGGGAGGAAGAGUGAGCUUCUCUGGACUGUACCUCCAACAACCCAUCCAGGAGGUUUAUGUGGAGAACACCUAUAGAACGGGACCAGAACCAGGGUGCCAUUUCAGUGCUACCAGGACCAAGCAGAUCUUACAGGCUACUUUGGAUAGUUAUUUGGAAGGUGUGUGUUACAGUCCUGAUAGUUGUAGCCAGCUUUGUCUGAUGUUAGCAGAUCUAGUUCUCAGUGAGCUAAAAGAUGUCAGUCCACCACGAUAUAAACUUGUGUGCCAGGUGGUGGUCGGACAGAGCGGUAAACAAGGUAUAAGGGUGGCCAGCCGUAGCCUGAUGAACCUCAGUACUGACAACUACACAUCUGUUGUUUUCCAAAAUCACUCAUUGUUUGCUGUGGCUUUAGUACACGGUAUGUACUUUGAAUGAAGGCUAAAUCAACAAACAUAUUAUAUACCACAUCACACACACACACAUAUAUAUAUAUAUAUAUAAACAGUAGUAUAGCAAAAUAACAAAUUGUAAAGAAAGAUUUUUUUUUAAUAGACAGAAAGGGUCAGUACAAUUUUGUUUUUUUCUGAAUUGAUUUUCUCAUUGUAUAUCCAAGUUUUUCCAUUUUAAUACAUUUAAAAAUAAUAAUAAUUAAUGCUAUAAUGGCAAAGCUGAUUUUCUAGC